AUUUCAAGAUGAACUCUUGUUUGUUUAUUUCUGAACUUUCUGAUGAUCACUAGAAAUUUUCAAAUUAAUUUAUAAAUUGUUUAUCAUAAAAUAUUAAACAUAGAAUUUCUAAUAUGAAAACAAAACUAACUGAAAUCGUGUAACAAACUACAAGAAGAUGAACUGGGAUGUAAGUAAUAGUAAUGGCUCCACAUCGACUCCGAAAAGACGGCGUUUGGGAACCACGAAAAUUUGUCAGAACAAACUCACACCAAAGCGGAGACAAGCUCCGUUUUCACCAAAGAUUGCUUCCUUAAUUCAACCAGAAAGAUGUGAAUCACCACCGCUACCAUGCAAUCAAGUAGAAUUUCUGUGUGAUUCGAGAAGUGACUCUUCAGUGUGCAGCGAAAUACCAUGUUCACCCGGCGUCUUAGAAUCUGCUCUAACAGAUAUAAGCAAUUUCGAAUCGUUUAUAGUAAGUAAAGGAAAUAAUAGCUCAAUUAAAGAUGUAAAUAAUAAGAACAAUAUUGAAGAAAUUGAUGAAGCCUAUGACGAUUUAUUCAAUUCGAAAUUAGAACAGGAAUUAAAUAAAAAUCAGAGCUUAUUUAUACGAGAAAAAGGGCACUUUGAUGAUGUAGAAAACACUUUUAAUGCCUUCAAUGAAACUAUUAUGAUUAAGAACAAUGAAUUAAGUAUUAUGUUUGAAACCAAAGAUUCAUUUUUAUUGGAUAUCAGAGAGAGUGGUAUUGACACAGAUAAUAGUAAACUUAAUGAUACAAAAUCAUGUACAGUUCUGGAUAACAAUUUGAAAGAUUCCUUUUAUGGUCUUCCAUUAAUGGUUAAAGAAUUGUUUAGGUCUUAUAGAAAUAUAGAUAAGCUUUAUGAUUGGCAAGAAGAAUGUCUGAGCUUAAAAUCUAUAAGGAAAAGGGAAAAUUUAAUUUAUGCCUUACCCACAAGCGGAGGCAAGACGCUGGUAGCCGAAAUACUGAUGCUGAGAGAAGUUAUCAACAGGAAACAUAAUGCUUUGUUUAUCCUGCCCUUUGUGGCUAUUGUACAGGAAAAGAUAUGGGCGCUCUCUCCCUUUGCCUUGCAAUUAGACUUUUUAUUGGAGGAAUAUGCAUCAGGCAAAGGUCACAUACCACCAAAGAAGAGGAGGAAGAAAAACAGUAUUUAUAUAGCGACAAUAGAAAAGGCUUUGGCUUUUGUGAGAAGUUUGAUAGAGGAGGAUAGAUUACAGGAGUUGGGACUCAUUGUGGUUGAUGAGUUACACUUAUUAGGGGAAGCAGGGAGAGGAGCGACGCUAGAAACACUACUCUCUACUGUACUGUUUGCUAACAAGGGCAUCCAAAUAGUGGGCAUGAGCGCUACCAUAGGUAACCUGCCGGAUCUAGCCAAGUUCUUACGGGCGGACGUAUUCGAACGGAAAUUCCGGCCCAUCGAGCUCACAGAGUAUGUGAAGAGGGGAGACAUGCUGUACAAGAUUGUGCACGGAGAAAGCUUGGAGUUUAUGCCAGACAGACAGCUGUGUUUUGAUUACAGUGCCGCCGGCAGCGCGCUGGACCCGGACCGGCUGGGCGGGCUGGUGGCGGAGGUGGCGCCGCGCGGCCGCGUGCUCGUGUUCUGUCCCACGCAGCGGAACUGCGAGAACGUCGCCAGGCUGCUGUGCCAGCUGCAGCGCCGGGAAAUGUUGGAGCACGCUGUUCCGGAGCGGUUGUCGCUAGUCGCGGCGCUGCGUGCGGAGGGUGCUGCCGAAAAUCUGCAGUUUGCGGCGCGGUGCGGCCUCGCGUACCAUCACGCGGGGCUGGCGGCUGACGAGCGAGUGCUGCUAGAACACGCCUUCAGGUCGGGCGUGAUAUCGGUACUGUGUUGUACAUCAACUCUAGCGGCCGGGGUGAAUCUGCCGGCACAACGGGUGAUCAUCCGCGCGCCGCUGGUGGGCCGGGCGCCCAUGACGUUGGCGUCCUACAAGCAGAUGGUGGGCCGCGCCGGCCGCGCCGGACAGACAGAUACAGGCGAUAGCAUCGUGAUCUGCACGGAGCGUGAGUGGGCGGGGCUACGGCGUACGCUCGAGGGCGGAGUCGCGGCCGCACUCAGCGGGCUGCGCGGUGCGCCGGCCGAGGCGCUGGUAUUGAGCGCCGUCGCAUUACGUCUGGUCACCACGGCGGCGAACCUGCACGAGUUGCUGGCGUGCACGCUGCUAGCUACACAAUGCAACGAAAUAGCUGAAAUAUGCGAGGAAUGCAUUCGCUCGCUAUUAAAAAAAGGUGCUAUUAAAAUAAAAGAUCCAAAGCAAGAAAAUGUUAUCAACGAAGAUACUGAAUUUUCUAUAAGUGAACUAGGCGACGCGGCUAUUAAAGGUUGUAUGGACUUAUCUUCAGCCGCUCAACUACUGGCUGAUAUAAACUUGGUCUCCCGCGGGCUUGUGCUACUCGGACCACUCCAUCUGCUAUAUCUGGUGACCCCUCACAACACAGAUGGGUACAGGAUCGACUACCGCCACUAUUAUUCUCUGUACUGCUCGCUGGACGACGAAGGUACUCAGACCGCACGCGCCUUGGGUAUAACAGAAAUGAACGCAGUGCGAAUGAUGACUGGAAAACCGGUAAUUAAUGUUCCCGAAAGCGCGGUGCGGCGGUUCUACUUGGCGUUGGUGUUGCGAGAUCUAUGGCGGGAGGUGCCCUACUCCGUUGUCGCUGACAAGUAUAUGCUAUCCCGCGGCGCAGUGUCCACGCUAGCGUGCGGCGCGAGCGCUGCGGCGGCGUGCGGCGAGCGGGCGUGCGGCGCGCUGCGGCGGUGGGCGGUGCGUCCGUUACUGGCGGAGUUAGCGAGCCAACUGCGCCUCUGUGCGGCACCGGAACUGAGACCGCUGAUGGAACUACCCGCUGUGAAGAAGGCUCGCGCUCAACAACUAGUCCGCGGUGGGUUCAAACGCGUGGAGGACGUGGCGAAAGCGAAGCCCCAAGACCUCGCCGCCGCCGUGCCGCAUUUAGGUGUACGUGCUGCGUCGCAUCUUAUUAGCGCCGCGCGGAUAAUGCUCAUAGAAAAAGUUGAAAAUCUUCGUGCGGAGGCAGAAGAGGUUAUGGACGAAUUGAAAAUGACGUGACUCAAGGUCCACAAAAAUUGUGAAUCGUAGAUAAUUAUUACCUAAGAAAUUAUUUUUGUUGAUAAUAUUUUUAUAAUUAAAUCAGUA